GUGUAUACGACCAAUGCCGACGAUCCACUGAAUAACGUCUAUGACACCGGUAUGAUGGAUCGUGUGUCGAUGGAUGUCCUCUUCUUUGGAUUUCACCAAGCCGCCGUGCGGUUUAUGGCCGUGGACCCAAACGAUCCGAACUUGGGCGUCAUCCUGGGUGUGCUUCAGGGGUCGCCGGAUGAUCCUGCGACUAGCGGGCUGUGCCAACUCACACCGGGAUGCACCUAUGGCGACGCCCGGGAAGCAAUCCGCCUCUAUGAGCAGGUGUUGGCUGGACCUCCCAGCGGCUGGGGUGUCAUCAACGACAUGCGGUAUUCGGUCCCGGAAUACCGCAUUGCAGCCGUGGCAAUGACAUUGAUGGCCAUACGGGGUAUCGUCAACGACGAGCUGUUUGGCGCCGUCGCUCCAGAGGGUUUCGCCUUGGUGUGCUCCGUCAUUGUGGAUGCUCUAGUGACCCCGGACUCUGCCAGAGUGCUGGCUCAGACCAAGUAUUGCAAUAAGGAGGGCAACUACAGCAAGGCUGUCAAUGCAGUGAAGUGGCGUGUCGCGGGUUAG